ACCGCGGGCCGGGAGCGCGGCGGCGGCGGCAGCGGCGGCGGCGGCAGCAGCAUGGGUCCUCGCCCGCGGCUUCGCUGAGCCCUCGCUGGCCUAGGCUGCCCGCGGCGCCCGCAGCGGCGGCGGCAUGAAGGGGGUCCUGGGGAGCCCGGUGGCCGCCGCGGGCGCCGCGAUGCAGGAGACGUUCGGCUGCGUCGUGGCCAACCGCUUCCACCAGCUGCUGGACGACGAGUCAGACCCGUUCGACAUCUUGCGCGAGGCCGAGCACCGGCGCCAGCAGCAGCUGCAGCGCAAGCGGCGCGACGAGGCGGCGGCGGCGGCGGCGGCGGCCAGCGGGGCCGGGCAUCGCGGCGGCCGGAGCCCGGCCGUGGCCUCAGGACACAGAACCGGCGGGGCCGGCCGCAGGGAGUCGCAGAAGGAGCGCAAGAGCCUCGCGGUGUCGAGCGCGCAGCAGCCGGACAGCCCUGGGGGCCCGCAGCCGCCAGGCCAGAAGCGGACUUCUAGAAGAGGGGAGCAGCAAGGAUGGAAUGACAACCGAGGGACAGACGUGCUUGAUAGAGCAGAGCGAAGGUCCUACAGGGAAUAUCGACCCUUUGACACUGAGAGACAGGCAGACUUGACAGCGGAGAAGUUUACAGAUGAAAAACCAGUUGACAGGUUUGAUCGAGACAGACCACUGAGAGGACGUGGAGGCCCCAGAGGAGGCCUGAGGAGCAGAGGCCGAGGUGGUCCUGGGAACAGAGUUUUUGACUCCUUUGACCAAAGAGGGAAACGAGAUUUUGAAAGAUACAGUAGCAAUGACAAAGUUGCAAACAGAAUGGAGGACAGCAUGGGUAGCUGUGGUGUUCGCUCCUGGGGAUCGGGUAAAGACACUAGCGACACAGAGCCACCUGCAGCCAUGGAAGAGAGCUCAAUGAUGGAGGAGUCCCAGGGUUCCCUGGACGAGGAGUCUCCAGCCAAAGUUCCUGAGUUGGAGGUAGAAGAGGAAAAUCAAGUCCACGAGAUGACCUUAGAUGAGUGGAAAAACCUUCAAGAGCAAACCAGACCAAAGCCUGAGUUCAACAUCCGGAAGCCAGAGUCCACAGUUCCUUCCAAGGCAGUGGUGAUUCACAAGUCCAGAUACAGGGACGAUCUGGUGAAAGAUGACUAUGAGGACGAGUCCCACGUCUUCCGAAAAGCCGCCAAUGACAUCACAUCCCAGCUGGAGAUUAACUUUGGUAGCCUCCCUCGCCCGGGACGGGGAGCCAGAGGCAGUACCCGAGGAGGCCGAGGAAGGAUAAGAAGAACAGAGAACUAUGGCCCCCGAGCAGAAGUUGUGACCCAAGAUGUCGCUCCCAACCCGGAUGACCCCGAGGACUUCCCCGCCCUGGCCUAACAGCCAUUCCCCUGCAGCAGAGCAGCACUAAGAAGAGACUUUCCUUGCCGCGAGAAGAGUCAGACUCUAAGAACAAUAGAUGUUGCUUUUCCCGUGUCGUGUGAACUUGUUGCACUUUCUUGCUCUGUGGGAUUUGGAAUGCAGGUUCCCAUGAGGUCAGGCCCUUCCCACAGAUGAAUGCAGACUUUUGUAAGGAAUAAUGUUUAAAAUGUGUACAUAGAUUCCAACAGUUCCACCACAGAAGUACAGAGUAAAGUAAACGAGAACUGCUGGGCCUGGUGGUGCACGCACGCCUUUAAACUCAGCACUCGGAGGCAGAGGCAGGCGGAUCUCUGACUUUGAGGCCAGCCUGGUCUACAGAGUAAGUCUUGAAAAAGAAAAAACAGAAAAGAACCACCUAUUGAGAUGACUUAGGCAGUUGUCUACACAAGUCCUUUAGCAUUUCAGGACAUAGGUAGAACUGGAGCUGUUCACUUAAAGCAGUCAUAGCCCACUCUUCAUGCCAUUCCCCUGUAAUGGUUCAGUUCUGCUGAGAAAUUUCCUGCAGUUUUUAUUCAGAUUCCGACUUUAAACUGUCGUUGUGCACCAGUGAUAACCACUCUGAGCAGAGGAAAUCCUGGCUUCCAGUGGUGAUUUAAACUACCUCGUGGUAUGUGUGUGUGCACACAUCCUUAUUUAGUAUAUGUGUGCACACUUAAUGUUCGGAUUGUUAAGUUAUGAUUUAAAAUUGUGUUAUUUUAAACUAAUCACAUGAAAAGGCUUCUUGGUAAAUGUAUUUUUCUUAAAAUUUGUGCUGUGGGCAGUGGUAGUGCAUACCUUUAAUCCCAGCACGAAGAGGCAGGUGGAUCGCUGUGAGUUUGAGGCCAGCAUUGUCUACAGAGCAAGUUCUAGGACAGCCAGGGCUACAUAGUGAGACUGUCUCCAAAACAAAACAAAAACAAACCCUAAAAACUAGUGUCAGAAUUCAUUACUGUUACUGUGAACUCAAUCCCAUUUACCGACUGCAAACACCAUGGCAGGCUGCGCCCCAGUUCCUAUAUUGCUCUUACCACCUUUGGUGGAGAUUAGGGAUCACCUCAGAGGCACAGUCACUCACCUGGAGUCCCACCCCAAACAGCUUGAUACCUAGGGCCAAGCCACUCACCUACUGGCAAAAUCAGGGAAGAAUCAACCAUCGUGUGGGGGAGGGACCAGCUAAGGUGUUGGGCAGCUGUAGAGAUGGGGAACAAGGAACCUUGCUCCCAAGACCUGUGCUCCCUGUACUUGGCCUCAUAGUCUGAGAUGGUGCUGAACUGGAACCCAGGUAUAAAUGAAGGUUGGUAUUCCCUCUGAUUUUUGUAUAAAAACUGAACUCUCCUGGAGUUUGGAUGAAUCAAAGUUGAGAUGUUUACUUUGGGUGCCCUCUUGCUUCUGAUCCCAUGUUUAUUAAAUGAAUGAGUACAAAGGUA